AUGUCUGAAAUUCGUCCUCAGUUCUUCCUCGUUCGCGAGAAUGACACCAUUGUCCCUCUCAUCGCUCUCGAUGAGCUUCCCGCUGACUUCACCAUCCCUGGCGUCUCUCGCAACUUGGGUAUGGCUGACACUGGAGGCAUGACUAGCGUCGGAAAGGUCCCCAGUCGUGGUGCCAUAUACGUCGUCAACAGUAUCUCUGAGGGCAAGGAUGAUCGCUUUGCUUCUCUCAAUGGCAAGGGUAAAGGUCGCUUCAACGACAAGAAGCAAACUGGCAUUCCCGUCGAUGGCAACGGUAGAAAGAUUUACUGUUCCUUCUGGCUUCGCCAUGGCGAGUGCAUGUUCGAGCAGCAAGGUUGUCAGUACAAGCACAUCAUGCCCCAGGACCUUGACAUUAUCCGUCGUUGUGGCUUGCAUGAUAUUCCACCCUGGUACCAGAAGAAGUAUGGCGUGUCCGGUCUUCUUCGACCCUCUGGAGUCAAUCAAAACAACUGGCGUAAGCCUCGCGGUGUCUUAAAACCCAUCGAGCACAACGACGAGACUGUCAAUGGCAAUGGCGCUCCCGCCCAUGGCAAAGACAACCCUAUCCUGGCCACCCCUGAGAGCUCUAAUGUGGAAGAAACCGUGACUGGAGCACACGUUGCGGCAGCAGAGGUGCCUCACGCAGCCGACAAGAAAAAAGAGCCCAUCGCUAGCACUACUAAAAACAGUGGCGCGAACCCCGUUACUCCUCCCAAUGCCAACCGUUUUGUUGACUUUGAGCGCAUUGGUACCGCAUCAUUUGGAUAUAAGUAUGAUGCACCCGCACCCCAAACUCCGACUGAGCGGCUCCCCAUGCGUGCUCGCCGUUUGUUUGAAGCUAGAGGUCCUAACAAUGACUACAGUACGUCUCCCGAUUCUUCCAUCCCCUCAAUGACGCUUACAGGCAACUCAUUUUCUUCCUUCAGCUCCUUGGGAGGAACCCCACGGUCGGUUUCAGAAGAAACAGUGAAGGUAAUCCAGGCCAGCAAGCCCACUGCGGUCAUUGACGGGGACAUCGAAGCUGCUGACGAUACUUUGGACAACUUGAACAACGAGCUUGCGAAGUUUACUGCGAAUGAGCCUCCCUACCGCAGCAUUAGCGAAUUGCUUCCUACUUCCCUUCCUGAGGACCGCUAUGGCAACUUGAUCCUGAUCUGA